UAUGUGACGGAUCGAGUGAUGACCGUCUCAUUCCAUAAGUUCGGCAAAAACUUCUUCCCCGAAACGGGAGACCUGAAGGACAUCGGAGCCGAAAGAGGCAAAUACUAUGCCAUUAAUGUUCCGCUCAAUGAUGGCAUCGACGACGAGUCCUACGAAAGCAUUUUCCAACCCGUUAUUUCAAAGGUGAUUGAGACGUAUCGGCCAAAUGUGAUUGUCCUCCAGUGUGGGGCCGACUCUCUGACCGGCGAUCGUUUGGGUGUAUUUAAUCUGACUCUUAAAGGACACGGAAAAUGUGUGGAAUUUGUCAAAGGCUUUGAUAUUCCGCUCCUGAUUCUGGGCGGCGGCGGCUAUACUAAGAAGAAUGUGUCCCGUUGUUGGACACACGAGACCGCCAUUACUCUCAACAUGGAGUUACCCAAUGAUUUACCUCAAAAUGAUUAUUUCGAUUAUUACGGACCGGACUUUAAGCUACACAUCAGUCCCUCGAAUGCAUUCAAUCAGAAUCCAUAUCAGAAUUUAGAGAAAAUUAAGAGUACAAUAUUUGAGAACUUGCGGACACUAACACACGCGCCGUCCGUACAAAUGAAAGACAUUCCCAACUUUACGCUCAUUAGAGACGAGACCAUUGAUGAGGAUAUGGAGGACCCGGAAGAGAGGAUCAGUCAACAGAGAUCUGACGCUCACAUACAGCCUGACAACGAGAUGUCGGACAGCGAGGACGAGGGCGACGGCCGACGCGAUGAGACCAGUCAUCUGCCGACUCAACCAAAGAAGCAAAAAGUCGAGGACACGGCGACACCCGUUGACGAAACGAAACCACAAUUAGUGCUCACGAGUAAUGGUAUUAACAUUUUAUCAAAUACUGAG